AUGCUCAGGACAAUAAGGUUUUACGGCGACGACCGCGCCAUAACCAGAGCGUGGGACGACCUCCAAGGACUACACUGUUGUGGAGUCACGGGCUACGAUGACUGGAGGCAGCACAGGAUUGGCGGAAUCAUUCCCAGCAGCUGUUGUCAAGAGAUCAACGGAAAGAAACAACCGUGCAAUCUGCGUUUCCAAGCGAGCCUACAGAUAUACAAUACCGGCUGUCUGAACGUGACCACUGCUUUCAUGAAGGACCACGCGACUACUUUCGGGACUGUUGGUAUAGCCGUGUCACUGUUUCUACUAUUCGGAUUGGCAUUUUCGUGUGCAUUGUUCAUGAUGAUUGUUUAG